AUGGCGGCGGCCGGUGGGGGCCCGGUGCGGCUGCGGUUGCUCUUCGACUACCCGCCGCCGGGCAGCCCGGGCUGCGCGCUGUGCUGGCUGCUGCUGGAGCCCAGCCAGGUGCGCCUCGUCACCGACCUCGUCAGCCUCAUCCGCCACAGGUUCGGCUUCAGCCGGCGGGCCCGCCUCAGCCUCUUCUUGGAGGGGGCGCUGCUGCCCCCCACCGAGAGCGCCCGCCUCGUGCGGGACAACGACUCGCUGCGAGUAAAAUUGGAAGAGAUAGUCGCAGAUGAUUAUGAAGAGAUAGAUGAUGGCUUCUCUUAUACACCAAAAGAAGACAAAAAAAGGCAUAGACAAAAGCAAGAAGAGGAAGAACUCUCUAGAAAUGAAGAUGACAAGCAUAAAAAGGAAAAGAAAAAGAAUAAACAUAAUCCUGAAUAUUCCUUUUGUAGGGAAGAGACCUCUGUAGAUAUUCGGGACUCUCAAAAAAGGUACAAGAAAAGAAAAAGAAAGGAAGAAGUUAGUGGAAGAAAUAGACUCACAGAAGGUAAGGAAGAGAGCUCUACGGACCAGUCUAAAAAGCUUAAAAAAAUGGAGAGGGAGAAGCAGUUGGCAACCAAAAAGAAGGAGGAAAAGCAGACAAAGGUUGCUGCAGCAAAGAUGGCUUUAGAACAGGCAAAUCAGAGCUUUUCUGUAGAUUCUGGUAAAAAUAACACCAUAAAAAUCACAGCACAGUCCAGAAAAAAGAGGGUGGGAGCUUCAGAUUCCUCCAGCACGUCGUCUGACAGUGACAGCAGUGAAUUAGACAUAAAGCAAAAUAAAUCUUCCCAUAAAUCUGUAGUGGCAACACUUCCCAAAGACAAAUCCCAAGCUGCUGCAAAUUCUGAUGUGAAAACUGUUGUUUCUAAUAAAGUGACCGUAAAGUCUAACACUGAAAAUUCCACUAAGGCUGCAAUUAGUAAAAAUGCUAAAAAAUCCCAGUCCUCUAGUUCAGAUUCUGACUCGAGUACAGAGGAUGAGAAAGUGGCAACAGCACAAGACAGGACUGCAAAGGAAAAGUCACUGCCUUACAGUGUGGCAGCUGUAAAAACCAGUACCACCAAGGCUCCCAAAGCAAAGACCUCCUCUUCAGAGUCUGAUAGUUCAGAUUCAGAAACACUUGUUAUUAAAAAACCUGCAGCAAAUGCUGGACUCAGUAAUUCCAUAGUAAGAAACUGUACUAAACAGUUGACAACCAGUAUUCAAGGACCACUUGCCAGCCCAGGUCGUGGAAGGGGGCGUGGAACAGGAGAGGAUAACUUCUGGAGAGGACCUAGGGGCCGUGGGUUUCGUGGGAUGAUGAGGGGCCAAGGCCGUGGGAGAGGAGCAAACCCUGGCUUCUUCUAUAACUACAGCAGUGAAGGCCAGAAACAGAGGCAGUUAAAUGAAGCUGCGACAAACACUUCUGUUCUUGUCCAGAAUCCCGUGGAGGUCCCCAAGAGAGACUAUAGUGUGUUGCCUCUUCUAGCUGCCCCACCACAAGUGGGAGAAAGAAUUGCCUUUAAGCGCUUGGAACUAACUGAAAAUUACAGUCCUGAAGUUUCAGACUAUAAGGAGGGGAAAAUAAUCAGCUGGAAUGCUGAUAAAAAACAGAUCGAGCUUGAGAUCCUUUCGUCAUCAGCAGGACGACUUGCUAAAGAGCCAGGGAAAUUCGAUCUGGUUUACCAGUCUGCAGAUGGAGCAGAACUGAUAGAGUACGCUAUUCCUCAGGAUACAAAGAUAACGGAAAGCUGGGAUGCACUGAUAGAGCCAAGACUGAUCGUUGAGCCUCCAGUUAACGGAUCCAGCAUCGAAAACAGAACAAUCUAAGAUGUGAACAAAUGUAAAUAGUUGUACGGACUUGUUUUGUGAAAUGCCGCCUUCUAGUUCUGAGGGCAGCAGCUGCACUGGUGGAUAUUUUUAAUAAAUGGUUUUAAAAAGAAACUAUGCUAAAAGAAAAAGAAACACUUUUGUCUUAGUAUAUGUUUUUAUGUAAUACAGGAAUACUUUGUUUAUUAUAGGAAGUCUUUAAUAUAGAUCUGUGGUUUUGGUUUUUUUAAUAGAAGCUUAAU